CCGCCAGCAGCCGCGCCGUCCGGACGCUGCGGGACCCGUCCGCCUCUGCAAACAGCAUGAUCCUGCCGCCGCAGUCCGCGACCGCCAUGCCGGCCGGCCGCACGCCGUCUCUGUCGUCGUCGUCGUCGCCGUCGGCGGCGCCGUGCUCGCGGGCGCGCGUGGGCGGUGGCCGCCCGGUGGUGCAGUGGAGGCGGAGGCACGUGCGCGAGGGGCUGCUCGUCAUCGACGAGGCGCAGCUGGCGCGCCUCAUCAAGCGGCAGCCCAUCCACACGCUCUACCAGCUCGACCCCGAGCCCUUCGCCACGGGCCAGUUCGCGUCGGUGUGGCGGUGCCGGUCUCGUGAGACUGGCCAGGUGUUCGCCGCCAAGUUCUCCAGCCGCACGCGCUACGGCGACGACUGCAGCGCCGAGAUCCGCCACGAGAUCGCUCUGCUGUCGCUGUGCGCUCCCUCGCCCCGCAUCGUGCGCCUGCACGACGUCUUCGAGACAGACAACGAGAUCAUCAUUGUGCUCGAAUACGCUCCGGGCGGCGACCUGCAGACUAUUAUCGAUGACAACCUGGUGCCUUUCGAAUCGGACGUGGUAAAGUUCGUCCGCCAGCUUCUAGAGGGCCUGGUGUACUUGCACGAACGCCGAAUCGCCCACCUCGACAUCAAGCCGCAGAACCUGGUGAUGAUGUCACAGUUCCCUGACUGCGACGUCAAGCUCUGCGAUUUCGAGAUAUCGCGAGUUGUUGUUGAGGGUGCAGAGAUCCGAGAACUGCUGGGCACACCAGACUACGUCGCUCCUGAAAUCCUUCACUAUGAGCCGAUCACACUCGCUGCGGAUAUGUGGUCGCUAGGCGUGACGACUUACGUACUGCUGACGGGCUUCUCGCCAUUCGGAGGCGAAACAGACCAGGAGACUUUCUGCAACAUCUCCGGCGCGCAGCUCGACUUCCCUGAGGAGCUGUUCGAGGAUGUGUCGGAGGCGGCGCAGGACUUCAUCCGCAGGCUGCUCGUGCGGGAUCCCAGGGCGCGACCGACAGCGAAGGAGUGCCUGCGCCACAGGUGGUUUACCGGCAGCAAGGUGAAGGUGAAGGCUCGCGCGAAGGACAGCGGCGGGCUGCGCAAGUACCUGUCCAAGUCGCGGGAGGCGCUGUUUGAGCGCGUGGUGCAGCAGCGCCAGCAGCAGCAACAGGGCAGCUGCCAGGACCUGCGGCGGCGGACGCUGCUGUCGCAGCAGCGGCGGCGCCUCUGCGAGAGCCACGCGUCGCUGCUGGCGCCGGCGGCGGCCUCGAGGGCGCGCGCGCUGGCCGACCAGCCGUGGCCGGCGCCCGCGCUCAGCCGCUCCCGCGAGAAGCUGUACGGGCUGCGCAGCCUGUCGCGCUCCAGCGAGGCGCUGGCGCUGCCGCUGCCGCUGCGGCCCGGCUGCCGCUCGCUGCUCGACCUGUGCGGCGGCGCGCUCUCGCGCCAGCCCAGCUCCGCCUCGCUCGACAACUGCGACGACGUCAACAGCAACGUCUGCAGCCGCGCCGCCUCUCCGGCGCCCGCGGCCGCGCCGGCGCCCGCCGACCUCACCAACAGCAACGUCUGCAGCCGAGCGGCGUCGCCCGCGCCCGCCGACGUCACCAACAGCAACGUCUACUGCGAUGCACCGUCCGCCGAGGACGAUCUCCCGGCGGACGUGCCGGCCGCCCCGACACCGGAGCCGCCUGCGGUCCGCGGCGAGUGGCGGGACGCCCCCGCCGACCUGGCGUCGCCAGCGCUGCUCAGGAACUGCCUCGGCAGUGCCGUCUCCGCCAGGGCGGCAGUCGAGGCUGUGCCCGCCAACGGCGAAGAGCGCGUCGACGGUAGGGAGAAUGGCUACGACAGCUGCCCGGUCGAAAGUGAAGACGUCCCAGCUGCUGAACGGACGAGGACGCCAGACCCGCAAGUCGAGGACCUCGAUAAGGUCCACAGGUUGAAGAAGAGCGGCGAUGACGAGAUGAAUACGUCCUAUUCGAGCGGUUCGGAUGGUGAGGACGGCGGUGCCGGCAGUUCGAGCAGUGGCGGCGGCGGAGAAGGCAGCAGUUCGCAAGACGACGGCUUCGACGAGGCCGAGGAGGACGAGGCGGAAGGGCAGGAGAGCGAGGGCACGUCGCAGGAGCCACGCUUCACUGUGGCACAGCUGGUGUCGGCCUUCACGCGGCACGAGCGAGCCGUCGCGGGCGCCGCGCCCGCUCCGGAGGCCGGCCGCUUCCCCACGGGGCCCAACGCCCUGCGCCUCUUCAUCCCGGGCAUCAGCAUCCGCCGCGACCGUGAACGCGACCGCGACAGGCAGCGCCAGCGCCGCCGCCACGGACGUCAGGAGGAGCAGUAUGAGCAAACCACGUCACCUGCUGAAGAGCAACAAUCAUCUAUUGUUUCCAAGACAGGUGAUCAGACCUUGAUAACUGUGCCGGCAGACCAUGAUCGUCUUCAGUCAAACAGUGGAGUAUCUGAUCAGGAAGUCAGCAAAAAAUCAGCUGGUGGAGUCUCCAGGAAUGGAGACAGCUUAGAAAGAACAUCAGCUUUCUGUCUAGACCAUGAUACAAACAACAACACAAAUAACAAGUGUAACAGCAACACCAAUGGUACUCGCAGUUCUUCGUGGGAGCGUAUCUGUACAGGCUCUUAUACUCGUGCUAUGGACAAGUUUCGACCAACGAGGAAAUCUCUUACAGCAAUUACAGAACCUCCAAUUCAAAUUACAGAAAAAGUACGUCGCAAAUCAACUCCAGCCAUUAAAAAUGUCUAUUUGUAAUUGGUAUAUUUUCCCCACUUGUAGUCAGCAUAAACAAUCACAUAAUUGUAUCCUUUGUUGGACUUUUGCUGAUACAUGAGAAAAUAAUAAUUAGUUUUAACCUUUUUGUGACUUGACCUCAGUUUCCUUGAAAGAGCUAAAAAGAUUUUUGUUCUGGAACAGCUCCAUAUGUAGACAAAUUUCGCAUUACGUAAAACAAAUUUCUCAUGGGAUGCACGAGUUGCUAUGCCACAUAUUGUAUUUUUGACGGUUUACCGUCCACAAAAGAAGCUUAGUUUAAGAAUACAACAAUGAAAUUUAAUUUUUGUGUGCAAACUUUUUAUCUGUGACAUCCAACUGAGCAGUUUAUGUAAUUUUAUAUUCUUUAAACCAGAGCUAGUCAUAUACUCAGAUGUCUAACUUGAAAUGAAGGAUAUUACAGACGUGCAAGCUAAUGGCUUGACUGCUCAUAAGAACAUCAGAGCGGGUGGUUACUGUUUGUAUCCUUUUCAGUUGUGGGACUAUACAAUAAACAACGAAGUUGUUACUCAUUCCUGGGGAUUUUCCCAGUGUGAUUGAUAGAAGCUAGAUUCCUGGAUGCAACAAUCUUGGUGAUUCCAUUACCAAUCUUAUUGGACAUCCAUAACUGUACCUAGAGUUGUUAGUAUUAGUUUACCCCUGGAAUUAGCAGUUAAGGAAUAUUCUCUGUCCUUUUAUUCCUCACUUCUUUUUUGUUGAAUAAGGUAAUGCAUCUACUAUUUUAGCAAUGCACUCUUUAAAAUAAAGCUGUCAUAUACAAACAUUGUCAUGUAACAUAUUAAGAAACAUAAUGGUUCAUUUUUGUAUGUAGAAUAAAUAUAUAAAUUCGAUUAAAGUAUCUGUUGUUCAUUUUUGUUCUACAA